AUGAAGUUCUCCACCAUCUUUUCUGUCUUCCUGGCGACGCUCUCGGUGCAGCAAGACUACGGUUUUGAUCAUAUCGGCAUCAUCAUCGGGGAGGUCAAGGAAAAGGCCCUCAAGAAGAAGACCAAACGCGAUUUCGUGGCGCAGUUCCAUCAUUUGGUGAUGAACAAGGAGCGUGACACCGAAUACAGGCACACCAAUUGGGAGACCAGAAAGCAGAAAGACGGGAAGGCUGAGCCGAAGCUGGAAUUCCUCACUAAGAUCAAUAGCGCCAAAAAAGCGACGUCUGUAACCAAGAAAGGCAAUGAGUAUAUCAAAGACCACAAGAAAUGGGAGGCCAAGAAGACUGAUUGCAAGACCUUUGUUGAUUACAUCCACAGUACGAUUGCUUAG